AUGAAUGUAUGUAUAACAACUAAAAGAAGUGUAAUUUUCGAUAAUGCCGCUGAGAAAGGUCGAAUCGAUAUCAUUGAAUGGCUGUUGGUGAAUAGAUCACAAGAUAGAGAAGGAAGUAACAUGUAUUAUGCUGCGAUUAAAGGUGGACAUCUCCAUGUUGUUCAAUAUCUCCUCGAUAGAGAUAAUCCUAUCAGUCUAGCAAUUUGUGAUCAUUCAAAGAUUAGAGAAUUAACAAAUAUACUCUUAACAUGUUUGAAUAUUAAUUUAUUUAAAACACAAUUAUUAAAUAUCUGUAUGAAUUUAUCUUUUUCCAUUCUACUUUUUUUUUUUAACACUGAAGAAUAA